CCUGGCGCCCGGUGAUGACGCAAUGCUCCCUGAUUGGCUCUGCAUCGGAGGCGGUGGUUCAGGGAGCCGAGAAUUCUGAAAGCUGGACACGUGGUAGCGAACGGCGAGGAGCUUAAGGGGUCUCAAGCCCAAAAAAGUUGGGAGGUUUGCAGGACCUAGAGGAACCCCUUAGGAUGAAGCUAAGUCUUACCAAGGUGGUUAAUGGCUGUCGCCUAGGAAAAAUAAAAAACCUAGGCAAAACAGGGGACUGCACCAUGGACAUUCCAGGCUGCCUUCUGUACACCAAGACUGGCUCUGCCCCACACCUGACCCAUCACACACUGCAUAAAAUCCACGGGGUUCCUGCCAUGGCUCAGCUUACACUGUCAUCACUGGCAGAACAUCACGAAGUCUUGGCAGAAUAUAAGGAAGGAGUUGGAAAGUUUAUAGGCAUGCCAGAAUCACUGUUGUAUUGCUCCCUGCAUGAUCCAGUCAGCCCUUGCCCAGCUGGUUAUGUAACAAAUAAGUCAGUGUCUGUGUGGGGUGUUGGAGGACGAGUGGAAAUGACUGCCUCCAAGUUCAUGGCAAUUCAGCAGGCCCUUCAGCCAGACUGGUUCCAGUGCCUUUCAGAUGGAGAGGCAACGUGUGAUGAAGCCACUUCCAUAAAGAGAGCCAGAAAGUCUGUUGACCGAUCGCUUCUAUUCCUGGAUAAUUGUCUGAAGCUACAGGAAGAGUCAGAGGUCCUCCAGAAAAGUAUGAUCAUUGGAGUGAUUGAAGGUGGAGAUGUGAUGGAGGAGAGGCUGAGGUCAGCACGAGAGACAGCCAAGCGGCCUGUAGGUGGCUUCCUUCUGGAUGGCUUUCAAGGGACUCCAACAACCCUGGAGACUAGACUGCACUUGCUGUCAUCAGUCACUGCGGAGCUACCGGAGCACAAACCGAGGCUCAUCUGCGGUGUUAGCCAGCCAGAUGAGGUGCUCGAGUGUAUUGAAAGAGGAGUGGACUUAUUUGAGAGUUUUUUCCCUUAUCUAGCAACAGAGCGGGGAUGUGCCCUCACUUUCAGCUUUGAUUACCAGCCGAUUCCUGAAGAGACAUUAUUGCAACAAAAUGGGACACAGGAAGAAGGAAAAUAUGUGGAUCAAACAAAGAAGAGUAAAACAACUAGCUGCAACCGAGAAAUGACAUCAUUUGAAAUUAAUCUGAAGGAAAAAAAGUACCAGGAGGACUUUGAUCCACUCGUGAGAGGGUGUCCCUGUUACUGCUGUAAGAAUCACACUCGUGCGUACAUCCACCAUCUGCUGGUGACCAACGAGCUGUUGGCUGGCGUCCUGCUCAUGAUGCACAACUUUGAACACUACUUUGGAUUUUUCCAGGCCAUCCGGGAAGCACUAAAAAGUGACCGACUGGCACAGUUGAAAGAGCUCAUCCACAGGCAGGCGUCUUGAGACCUGGUACGCAUAACCUCACUCUUCACGUUGAGCCUGCACCACGGUUGUGAUGUGGGAGGAAGACAGCAGGAAGCGAUCUUCACUUUAAUCACUUAUAUUUGAGAAUGAAGUCUACUCAGAUAAGGAACAUCUGUACUGAGGCUAAAGAGACUUCUUCUUACGACUGAAAUGACCUAGAAUGACCUAGAUUGAUCAGAAAGAAUUGAAACCUGACCUUGAAUAUUUCUGCGCUAACUCUUUUAGUCAACAGAGAUUCGUUUAGUCAAAGAUAAAAGCUUUAGAUGUGAAGGGACAGCCUUGAAGUGGGGAUGAUGAGAAUCUGAGGGUUCACCGAGCUGGAUUGGAGCUUGAAGGGAGUUGAUUGGUCAUGAGUAGCAUGACCUCUGUGGACGCAUGCCUGUUGACCAAGAAGGAAUUUGUCUGAUUCAAGAGUUUUCUUCAUUUUAAUCCUUAUAUUCUCAGGGGUCUCUUUUCGACACUUGUGCCUUCCAAGCUGUCCUGGCAGUGCAAUCAACCUUGUGAUUUAACCAGGCUCACAUCUCCACGGAAUGUGGAGCUCACACAUUGCUCCAAUGACCAGUUGGCCCAGGGCACACUCUUCGUUUGACCAUAUGGUCUUUCUGUGACUUGUCUCACUAGAGUCAGCGCAGUUGCCUAUUAGGAGCUGAAAGUUUGCCUAGCUGCUUUCAUCUGGUCGUGCAGAUCCACUGUGUUCUGCCUUGUAGGGUCAUUAAGAGUCGAACCACAUAAUAACUGGAGCUACAUCACCUGGGGAGAUUCAGUCACCGUGUGUUCACUUGGACAGAGCCCUGGCCUGCCAGUUAGAGGAUUGGGUUUCAGUUCUACUCAACUAUGACACUUGGGCAAAUCACUUAACCUCUCCAUGCCUGUUUCCUCCUGAAUAAAUGGGGACAGGCAAAGUGAAUAGUACUAAACUAAUUUCUAAGAUUCCAUUUAGCUCUAAUAUUUGGGGAACAAGAAGUUUUAGAUUGGAACCAUAGUUUUAUGUGUAUCCUUGUUUAUUGAUCACUAUUGGCCUGAUGAAAAAUGCAGUGGUGCCAGGAGUCAGGCAACAGUAGAGAUAUUUGAGAGCCUAGAAAGGUUUAGCCUGUGGAUUUUAAAGUGGUUGGUAAAUUGGCAUCAGCAGGUCCUGAGGCUGGGAAGACCUUCGCUGAUCACCUCUGAUUCUCUGAAUUUUUUUCUGCUCUUGUCAAAGGAAUGACAUUCAUGUUGAUGGUGUGACAGGUGAUUUUUAUUUUCUUUGUGCUUUUCUAUAUUUGUCAAGUUUUCUAUAAGAAUACACAUACAUGCACAUUUCACACAUAGUUUUUAUAGAAACAGCAGAACCAAAAAGAUGCCUUUGUUUUGUUUGUAGGGGGAUAAAAUAUAUUUGUUUUACAUUCUUGUGCUACAUUUUUCUAUUUGUUCAUUUUAGUGGGCAUUACUGAACUUUGUUUUUAAUUAUUAUGUGGUUACUGUAUUUUUAUAUGUAGGGUGCCCAUCUGUACUGUUUUCUUUUAUUGUGGUUUAAGAACGUCCAUGAAUUCCAAAGCUCAUGAAUUCCAGAAUUCAUGGAUAUUCUUACAACCUCUCCUCCAAUUAAUGGCAAGGAUACUUAUGAAAGACAGAGUUUCUCUUCUCAAGAAUCUGCUUGUUUUGGGCUUCCCUGGUGGCGCAGUGGUUAAAAAUCCGCCUGCCAGGGCAGGGGACACGGGUUCGAGCCCUGGUCCGGGAAGAUCCCACACGCCACGGAGCAACUAAGCACAUGUGCCACAACUACUGAGCCUGCGUGCUGCAACUACUGAAGCCCGCGCACGGAGAGCCUGUGCUCCGCAACAAGAGAAGCCAUCGCAGUGAGAAGCCUGUGCACCUCAACGAAGAGCAGCCCCCGCUCAACGCAACUAGAGAAAGCCUGAGCGCAGCAACGAAGACCCAGUGCGGCCAAAAAUAAAUAAAUAAAAUAAAUAAAUUUAUUUUUUAAAAAAAGAA